GUUUGAGUGGAGCAAGAAAACUGAGGCAGGGGAGAACCACACUGACACUGACACUACAGCACACUACAGCACAGCACAGCAUGGGGACUUUGUAAUGACAGGACUGCUGUGACCUUCUCUCUCUUUCUCUUUAAUUCUCUAGUAGUUGUUAUACCAGGGCGACUUACACACAGUGAAUUGUUUGUUUUAACGUUAGCUUUGAGGCUGAGGUUGUUUCCAGUGCAUACGAGCUCACACACGCACAGUGGAGGAGGAAACGAAGCAGGAUGUACCAUGAAGAAACCGCAACUUUACAAAAGCCACGCUAUGGAACCAUUCAGGACGAUGAGAGGCUUUCAGCAGAGGAGAUGGACGAGAGGAGACGACAGAACAUCGCCUACGAAUACCUGUGUCACCUGGAGGAGGCCAAGCGGUGGAUGGAGGCCUGCCUAGAGGAAGACUUGCCUGCGACCACUGAAUUAGAAGAGGGACUGAGGAACGGCGUCUACCUUGGCAAACUUGCCAACUUUUUUGCCCCCAAAAUGGUGUCUGUGAAAAGGAUCUAUGACAGAGACCAGGCCCGUUAUAAAAGCAAAGGACUGCACUUUAGGCACACUGACAACACAGUGCAGUGGCUCAGAGCGAUGGAGUCAGUGGGCCUCCCUAAGAUAUUCUAUCCCGAAACGACAGAUGUUUACGAUCGCAAAAACAUGCCCAAGGUGGUGUACUGCAUACAUGCACUCAGCUUGUACUUGUACAAACUGGGUAUUGCACCACAGAUUCAGGAUCUUCUGGGAAAAGUGGCUUUCACAGAGGAAGAGAUCAGCAACAUGAGGAGCGAGCUGGAAAAGUAUGGCAUUCAAAUGCCGGCCUUCAGUAAGAUCGGAGGAAUCCUGGCCAAUGAGCUCUCGGUAGAUGAAGCAGCUUUACAUGCUGCUGUGAUUGCCAUCAAUGAGGCUGUUGACAAAGCUCAAGCAUCUGUGACGAUGGGAGCGUUGAAUAAUCCUAAUGCAAUGCUGAAGAACAUCCAGGACGCUUUGGCCCAGGACUACCAGGACACACUGAGCAAGGCUAAGACUCGGAAGCAGGGUCAGGCCUCAGGGAGGAGUUCCCCAAUUGCUACUGAAGAAAGAGACGUUUAUGAGGAGCUGCUCACACAGCAGGAGAUCCAGGGCUGCAUUAACUUAGUCAACAUCCAGACGGCGAUAGGGCAGGUGAAUAAAGCGCUGUCUGCCCAGGACAAAGCUGCCCUGCUUGCUGCUCUUAGAGUUGAAGCUCUUGCCCUGCAUGGUGUCCAUGAGUCAAACUGCCACUGGUACCUGGAACAUUUUACCACCUACUGCCAACUUAAGUCCAAGGAUGUAGGGAGAGCAGUGAUGACGGACAAAGAGGAGAUUCAGAAAGUUGUCAGCUCUUGCAACGACUUUGCUGAGGCUGAAAAACGAAAACUUGAAGCGGUCGCUGCCAUUAAUGCCGCUAUACGUCGCGGCAAUGCGGUGGAGACGGCAGAAGAGCUCAUGCACCCUGAGGCACAACUGCCCAUUGUCUAUCAAACUGCUGCCAACCUCUAUCAGGCUGAGCUUUUCAGUUUGCAGCUACAAGGCGGACGGUCUGGCCUGAGCCAUGAAGAGCUGACUGUAGCCGUGGAGAUGCUGUCCGCCGUAGCAGUGCUCAACGAAGUGCUGGACACCAAAGACCCACAGGCUGUGAUUGAACAAAUGUCCGACUCUCCUCUGGGCUUCACCAACAUAGACCAAGAUAACCUCAACAGGUAUGCUGACACACUUAUCAAACUGCGAGCCGAGUCUCUUGCCCAGGGCAAAGAGUUUCUCACCUGGAAUGAUGUUCAGAAGUGCAUCGACACAGUCAACGUUCAGGUCCACGAAGAGCAUGAACGCAUCAUAGCCCUCGCCGAGAUCAACGAGGCACUUAACUCAGGUGAUCAUCAUCAGACUCUCGCAGCCCUGCUCCUCCCUACAGCCAAGUUGAGUGGAGUGAACCCAGCCACAGCCAAACACUACCAUGACAUCCUACAAUACACAAAGCAACUUCUCUGCCAGAACUCUGGAGAUGAGUCUGCAGUUCUGUGGCUGGACCAGAUUCAAGAGGCCAUACUCGCAGCCAACCAGGAUGAAGAGGAGGCUCUCGCAUUGGCAGCAGCAGUAGCUGAUAUUAAUAAGACCGUGGCAGAGGGGGACUCCCAGAAUACACUGAAGGCUCUGCAGGCUCCCAGUGCAGGACUGAGAGCGGUGCUGCCCGAAUGUGCUGACACAUACCAGGAUGAACUGGGGCAGAAACAAGCCAACGGUGCGGCUGAAGGCAAGACAGAUGGUGAGUGGGUAAAACAUACCAUGAAGGACAGAUAUGACUACUACUAUAACUUGGAGACUGGAGAGGGCACCUGGGAGGAGCCUGAAGGAUUUCAACAAAGGGAUAGCCAGCUCAGCAAAGAAGAAAUCCAGACUGUUGUCAGCUGCGUGACGGCGGAAUAUCACAGGGAGCAGUUAUGGUUGGCCAACGAAUCCUUUGUGACCCAGCUGCAGGCCAGGGUCAGAGGUUACCUGGUCAGGAAAAAGCACGCCCAGAGAAUGGAGUAUCUACACCAACAAGAGCCACAUGUUGUCAAAUUACAGGCUUGCUGGAAGGGUUACAAGCAAAGGAAAAUAUACAACGAUAGAAUGAAUUUGCUACAGGAAAAUGUUUCUUCUGUUGUGAAGAUCCAGUCUGUGGUGAAAAUGUGGAAAGCCAAGCGUAAAUACAAUCAGAGGCUGCAGUUCUUUAAAGAUCAUGAAAAAGAAAUUGUGAAGAUCCAGGCUUUUCUAAAGGCCAACAAAGCCAGAGACGAUUACAGAACCCUCACUGGGGCCAAGGACCCCCCUCUGUCAGUGGUGCGAAAGUUUGUCCACUUGCUGGAGCAGAGUUCUCUGGAUCUGCAGGAAGAGCAGGAAGUGACACGGCUCAGGGAGGAAGUGGUCACCAAGAUUCGCUCCAAUCAGCAGAUGGAGAAAGACCUGAACCUGAUGGACAUAAAGAUUGGACUGCUUGUGAAGAACAGGAUCAGCCUGCAGGACGUUGUGUCACAUAGUAAGAAAAUGAAGAACAAGAAAAAUAAAGCAAGUAAAGAUGACCUGACUGCAGGAGAAAAAGUGGGUAUUAAAGGCCUAAAUAAAGGAAAAAGAAGGAAACUGGAAGCCUACCAACAUCUCUUUUACCUACUACAGACUAAUCCAUCAUAUCUGGCCAAGCUAAUCUUCCAGAUGCCCCAAAAUAAGUCAACUAAAUUUAUGGAUACGGUGAUCUUCACCCUGUACAACUACGCUUCCAACCAGAGAGAGGAGUGCUUACUGCUCAAACUCUUCAAGACCGCUUUGGAGGAGGAAAUCGAUUCUAAGGUAGACCAGAUCCAGGAUAUAGUCACAGGGAAUCCAACUGUCAUCAAGAUGGUAGUGAGCUUCAACAGAGGUGCACGGGGCCACAACGCACUGAGGCAGCUUCUGGCCCCUGUGGUCAAAGACCUCAUAGAGGACAAGAAUUUGGGCAUCAACACCAACCCUGUGGACGUGUACAAAGCCUGGGUGAACCAGCUGGAGACGGCUACUGGAGAGGCCAGUAAGCUGCCUUAUGAAGUGACGCCGGAGCAGGCCAUGUCACAUGAGGAAGUACGCAACAGGCUGGAGGCGUCCAGUCUGGCUCUACGCUCUGCUACAGAUAAAGUCUUGAACUCCAUUAUCUCCUCGCUGGAUAAUAUCCCUUAUGGCAUGAGAUACAUAGCAAAAGUUCUGAAGAACACCCUCCAUGAAAAGUUUCCAGACGCCUCAGAAGACGAGCUGAUGAAGAUUGUAGGAAACCUGCUGUACUACCGCUACAUGAACCCUCCCAUCAUUGCGCCCGACGGCUUCGACAUCAUUGACAUGUCGGCGGGUGGGCAGCUCCACCCGGACCAGCGUCGUAACCUGGGGUCCGUGGCGAAGAUGCUCCAGCACGCUGCUGCCAAUAAGCUGUUUGAGGGCGAAAACGCACACAUGACGCCUAUGAACAACUACAUCUCUCAGACAUAUGAGAAGUUUAGGGCUUUUUUCCAGUCCGCGUGUGACGUUCCUGAACCUGAGGAGAAGUUUAACAUUGAUGAAUACUCAGACAUGGUGACCCUGAGCAAACCUAUCAUCUACAUCUCAAUAGAGGAGAUCAUCAAUACUCAUUCGUUGCUGCUGGAACAUCUGGAGGCCAUCUCUCCAGACCACAAUGACUUGCUUCAUGAGCUGCUGCAGGACCUGGGAGACGUGCCCGACGUCGAGUCUUUGUUUGGUGAAGGAGCAGUGGACCCAAGUGACCCAAACCGAGAGAGUGCUCUACACCAGCUGGCAAAGACGGAAAUCUCCCUCACACUGACCAGCAAGUUUGAGCUGCUGGAAGGAGACGACAAAGACCUGAAGACUCUUAUAACAAAGACAAAAAAGCUCAUUGUGGAUGUGAUUCGGAUUCAACCUGGAGAGACUUUACCUGAAAUUCUUGAUACCCCUGCUACUGCACCACAGGAGUUGGAGCAUGUAAAGAUUGUGGAGUGGCGAGCGGUCCAGGAUGCUCAGACACCAGAGGGUCUGAAGAGCAACCCGGGGGUUCUCGAGGACAGCCAGCUGCCUCUGGAGCAGAAGAAGAGGAAGAUCCUGAGGAACCUGAGGAACCUGGAGCAGGCCGGCCUCGCCACUGUCACCAACAAAUACCAGGACCUCAUCAACGACAUAUCAAAGGACAUUCGCUACCAGCGACGCUACAGGCAGAGGAGGAAGGCUGAGCUUGUGAAGCUCCAGCAGACACUGACGGCGCUCAACGCGAAGACGGCUUUCCACCAGGAACAGAUGAAUUAUUACGAUACUUACAUCAAGACCUGCCUGGAUAACCUCAACAGGAAGAAUUCUCGCAGAUCAAUAAAACUGGACAGCAAAGGAGAAGAAAAGGGCAGCAAGAAGUGGAAGCCUCAGUCUCUAAAGUACACUGCAGCCAGGCUGCAUGAGAAGGGAGUCGUUCUGGAGAUAGAAGGGCUUCAGACAAACCAGUUUAAAAAUGUCAUGUUUGACAUUUCGCCCUCUGAGGAAGUUGGGGACUUUGAGGUAAAGGCGAAGUUUAUGGGAGUCGAGAUGGAAAAGGUCCAGCUUCAUUUCCAGGACCUCCUUCAGCUGCAGUACGAGGGUGUGGCCGUGAUGAAGAUGUUCGACAAAGCCAAAGUGAAUGUCAACUUGCUCAUUUUCCUCCUCAACAAGAAAUUCUAUGGAAAAUAAAGAACAUGAUAAAGAGCAAAGAGAGAGGAAACAGACUGUGCCUUCUCACAGAUAUGAGUUUAACGACCACAGCGAGUUCAGGAGAGAGGUUGUUUAUGUUUGUGUUUCGUUUAAUUAUGAUUUCAUGGAUCACCCCAAAAAAUGAAUGUUCGCUAUUGUCCACUGUAUUAUGUCCAGUCUGUAUUUUUCUAUGUGGUUGAUUGUAAAAUGUAAAGUGAUUUUUAAGAAUUAAAUGUUAAUGUUAUUCAUAUUAUCUUUGUAAAAGAUGCUAAAAACAAAACAAAAAAACACUGUUGGAUUUGAUGGGAAUUCACAUGAAGUCAAACUCGCUCUCUAUGAACUACUGUAGUUUACCAGUGCCUUUUAAUUACUGCUUUAAAGAAACAUGUUUUAAUAAAUAAAACAUUUAAACUUUUUAAAA